AAAGUAAAAGCUCGUGCAGCGCUCGGGUGCAUCUCUCAGCUGUCCACGAGUUGAUACAGAAACCGAGUAUUUUUUUUCAACAUUAAAACACUUUUUGGGUAACAGAGCUGGUGCCGAACCUUUGAUUUUCAGCAAAGCAAUGAAAUUGAGAAUUAAAAUAUAAAGAGGAGGAGAUAGCGACUGUUAAAUGUCUUCCUUGUUGUUCGAUCUGAUGUGGGGCUGUCUUAACGGUCCGGAUAGCAUCAUUUAAACUAACGGAUCUCUACUACAUUCUGUUGGAACAGCUGAAUCAGAAGCGUCUUUUCCAUUUACAAACAUCAAAUAUCUGAACCAACAUUCUGAGAUGGACCAUUCAGAGAUGGAUACAGCUUUUUAUAUUGGAGACGACCAGAAAUAUCCAGUAUCACCACAGAAGAUAAAUAUGCCAUCCACUCUAAGCAUGGAAAGAAAUUACUCACCCAUUGUCUCAGAUGUUCAUCAGAGCACAUCAGACUCUGUGGUGGCUUCCAAUGCAUCCUGUUGUGAUGAACAUUCUUUAAAUGUUCCACUGCACUUUAAAGAAACUUCUCCUCUUGAUCUCAGACUAAUCCGGAGCAUAACUUCAGAAUCUGAGCUCAGCAUGACUUCCAUCAAGAGUGACAUGACACUGACACCUGAACCGGAAUCUCAUGAUAUAUUCACUUUGGCAUGCAGUCCAGCAUGUGGAGAAAUCAAAGCCUGUGAUGUCUUCAAGUCAAAACUUAAGACGAUGUUUCAGUGUCUGCCAGGUGAGGUAUCAACACGUGGACAGCCAAAGCCUCUUAGUGAGAUCUACACUGAGCUCUACAUCACAGAGGGUGGAAAUGGAGAGCUCAAUAAUGAACAUGAAAUCAGAUGUAUUGAAACAGCAUGUAGGAGAGCAACGACAGAGGACAGACCAAUUAACCUGAAUGACAUCUUUAAACUUUUACCUGGACAAGAUCAACCCAUCAGAACUGUGCUGACUAAAGGAGUCGCUGGCAUUGGAAAAACAGUGUCUGUGCAGAAGUUCAUUCUGGACUGGGCUGAAGAGAAUGCAAAUCAGGACAUCUACCUCAUAUUUCCACUUCCUUUCAGAGAGCUCAAUUUGCUGAAGGACAAAACAUUCAGUCUUAAAGAUCUUCUACAGUUUUUCAUGGGCACAAAACAACUGGAAAUCUCUCCGAAUGAAGGUAAAAUAAUUUUCAUCUUUGAUGGUUUAGAUGAGUGUCGUCUGUCUCUGGAUUUUCAGAACAACGUGAGGUUGUGCGAUGUGACUGAAUCAGCUUCAGUGGACGUGCUGCUGACGAACCUCAUUGUGGGGAAUCUGCUUCCCGCUGCUCUCAUCUGGAUCACCUCCAGACCAGCAGCAGCUGAUCUCAUCCCCUCUGAGUGUGUGGAUCGAGUGACAGAGGUACGAGGCUUCAGUGACCCACAGAAGGAGGAAUACUUCAGAAAGAGGAUCAAAGAUCAGAGUGUGGCCAAUAAAAUCAUCUCACACCUAAAGUCAUCGAGGAGCCUCUACAUCAUGUGCCACAUCCCAGUGUUCUGCUGGAUCUCAGCCACUGUUCUAGAGAAGAUGUUGAAUGGAGAAGAGAGUGGAGAGAUUCCCAAGACUCUAACUCAAAUGUACACACACUUCCUGAUCCUUCAGAUGAGCACUACACAUGAGAAAGCCUAUGAAAUAAAAGUGAACGAUGAAGACAUGAUCCUCAAACUGGGUAAACUGGCUUUCCAGCAGCUUGAGACAGGGAAUUUAAUCUUCUAUGCUGAAGACCUGAGAGAGUGUGGCAUUAAUGUGACAGAAGCAACUGUGUACUCUGGGUUGUUUACCCAGAUCUUCAGAGAAGAAUCAGGAGUGGGCCAAAGGAAGGUGUACUGCUUUGUUCAUCAGAGCAUUCAGGAAUAUCUUGCAGCUCUGUAUGUGCACCUAUCUUUCAUUAUGGGAAACAUUAAUAUGCUCAGUAGCAUCACCACAGAAUCUUGUUUCUCCUUACAAAGAGUUUUUAGUGACUUUUGUGUGAGAAAGGUGUCAAUGUUUGAGAUGCAUCAGUGUUCCAUGAAAAAGGCUCUGAAGAGUGCAAAUGGACAUUUGGACCUUUUUCUCCGUUUUCUUUUGGGCCUCUCAUUGGAGACCAAUCAGAUACUACUGCAAGGCCUUCGUAUGGAGACAAGAAUCAGUUCUUACGACAACAAGAAAAUUUGUGCUUAUAUCAGAAAGAUGAUUUUGAAAUAUCCCUCUCCACAGAGAUCCAUCAACUUGUUCCACUGUCUGAAUGAAUUGAACAAUGAUUCUCUGGUGGCAGACAUCCAGCAUUAUCUGAAACUGGGAACUAUGAGAGGAAAAAUCCUUCUGCCAUCUCAGUGGUCUGCUCUGACUUUUUUGAUCCUGAUUUCUGAGCAGAACCUGGAUGUGUUUGAUUUGGGAAAAUAUGCUGAAGAGCGUAGAGUCACAGACUCUGUUCUUUUGAGGCUGCUGCCUGUGAUUGAGGCAUCAAGAGUGGCUGAACUUUAUAAAGGUAAACUGACAUACAAAUGCUGUGGUGCCUUGGCCUCUGCUCUCAGCUCUAAGUCCUCAUGUCUGAGAGAACUGGACCUAGGACAGAAUGACCUGAAGGACUCUGGAGUACAGCUGCUGUGUGCUGGGCUGAAGAAUUCUCACUGUAAACUAGAGACACUCAGGCUGAAUGACUGCAGUCUGACAGAGAAAUGCUGUGCUGAUCUUUCUUCAGUUCUUAGCUCAGAAUCUUCAAGUCUGACGGUGCUGGAUCUCAGUGAAAACAGACUGCAGAAUUCAGGAGUUAAACUUCUUUCUUCUGGUUUGGCGAGUCCUCAUUGUAAAGUGAUGGACUUGAGUUUGUGGAACUGUGAUUUCACAGAUGAAGGUUGUGCUGCUCUGGCUUCAGCUCUGACAUCAAACCCCUCCCACCUGAUUGAUCUGAGUCUGUCAGGAAAUGAAAUAGGAGACUCAGGUGUGAAGCUCUUUUCAAGAGUACUGGAAAAUCCUGCAUGCAAACUGGAAACUCUUUGGCUGAAGAGCUGUGGUACCACUUAUGAAGGGUGUGAAGCUCUGGUCACAGCUCUCAGAUCAAACCCCUCACACCUAAAAGUGCUGUCUCUCUAUGGGAAUGAGAUUGGGACAUCGGGAGCGAAGCUGCUAACCGCCUUGAAGGAUAAUGAUAAAUACAAACUGGAUACCAUAGAAUAUGGUUCAGCAAUUGAGAACACCUGAGGAUCACCUACAGUAAUGAGGUGGCAUUACUGUAUAUUUUUAUAUAUUGUCCAAUAUAUAAAUAAGUUUGUGUACAUAAUUUUUCUAGUAUUUGUUCACUGCAUUUUUUGCCCUUGAGGUGCUACAACAUUGUAAUAUUACAUUUUGUUUGCUAUUACUAUUCUAUUACAUUGUGAUAUUUAAACUAUUGAAAUGAACAUACAUUAAACAAGACAUGGAUUUAC